CGCAACCUUGUGAUCCUGGAGAACAUGUUGUCUUCUGGGGCAAGCAGCUCCUCAUCCGGCGGGUUGAGCACGACGCAGUCGAUCGUGUUGGCGUCAUCAAUACUGGCCCAUGCUCAACAAGCUGUGAGGAAGCCGCGUCAAGGCCCGAAUAUCUUGUCAUUUGAGGCAGAGCCGAAGGCGUCGAGCACGACGAAAGACUACUUGCAACUUCUGUAUCCUUGUGCUCGUCUGUAUCAAGCCUGUGAAGACGAUGGAAGAGAUGACGUUAUAGUCGGAACUACUGCACGUAUGGAAGUGAACGAAAGAUCAACCGUGUUCGCGGUGGACAUGAUUUUCUGCCGCAAUACGGCGAGUUUGACUGCCUUAAACCGUGCCAAGUGGAUAAAUCCAAGCACGGAUCACAAGGUAUCAACAAACCCCGUCGAGCCGUGAGUGAACUGGAAGGUGGUCCACGUCAGGCCUAGCCGGGGCGGGCAUGUGGGCUUGGGAGAUGAAACGCAAGCAAGUGGAGGGGAGGGAAAUGACAAUCGCUACAGACCUACCGCGGACAUCCUGGAGAUGCUACAAAUCGGUCCCCGCAUACGACCACAGACAGAUGUGAAGAGAGCAUGGGAUGAUUGGGGCUGGCGAAUGGCAAACCGUAUGGUCAUCUAUAACAUUGCUGGGCUGGAAGGCAAAGCGAGAAAGCUACAGGGGUGUUUCUCGGAAUCAGUCAGUGACAUUCUGCAGAAAUGGGAACCAAAUCUUGCGACAUUGGGAGAUCGUCCAGCUGUGGCGUUCACCCUUUCUUCAUCCACCGAAGUAUAUAUCAACUUCCAAUACGAGCAGGCCUGUCUAAACGGUAAUGAAGAAGAAUAUACGAAGUGGAACGGAUUAGUGUUGAAAUACGAAACCCUUGAAGACAUUGUGGGCUCCAAGGAGUCAAGGAGGACACCGAAGUCUGCGAUGACGAAACAGAAGCAGGGGAAACCGCAGAAGAAAAACCAAGCUUCGUUGGAGUGUACUCUCCCAGCAACUAUCGUGGAUGGGCUUCCAUGCUAGGAAUGUUGCUGCAAGCGGUCUCAAAUGAGUUGAUUGGCAUUCGAGAGGAUGAGACGCGAAUGAUGGGGAUGAGCUGCGGGAAGUGCAUCACGGGAAACACAAAGAACGGUGUUCCUCGGCGUGGAACUUGCGAGAGGUGCCUCUGCCAGGAUAUCGAAGAGUCGAUUUCGGAUCGUAUUGGAUCGUUGUCGGUGCAUCUGGAGAUUUUGUGGGGGUGUAUAUACCCCCGCAAAGGUACGAUGCCCCCUACUGUCCAAUGCUUCAACAUAAUCGAAAGACUCCUGAAUGAUGACAAAAUCGGACUAGGACGGUACCUGGAGUCAUUCAUUCAUGAGUGUCCUGCAACAUUUUAAUUUGCUGAAACUGACUAUUUUGCAGUUAACAAUGAUGGGUAUCAGGGUACACGUCAUUGCAAUUUUCAUCUUCUGGCAGGUUUAGCUAAAGCACACAUGUUGCGGGAUAAAGAUCAUACUUUAUUGAACGAUUUCCUUCGCGAUAUCUGCCUGUGGCACGAAUUCGGACAGCGGUUGGCAGCUGUUUAUCGCCGGUCGGAUCCGAAAGUCUCGGAAUCGCCCAUGGAGCUCAUUGUUAUUGAAGGUCACUGCCGAUCCCCACUGAAUUCGAUACCAGAAGAUGUAGCUGGGAAAUUGACGAAGCGCCUGUUGAAAGAGGCGGGUUUAGGAGAAGAUCAUCGGUCGGAGGUCCUCAGUAUUUUGCUUGGCCGUAAUUCCGAUCGCACCG